UAUAUUUUACAUUUUCUGCUGUUGGCAACCAUUUUUUUCUAAGUUUUGGCAGCAUUGUUUGCACUUCAUAUUUCAAUUCUAGGCGCAAAAUCAAAUUUACCUGCAACCGCCAUUUGUAAUACUUCGUAAAAUUUCAAUAAAGAAAAAUAAUUGUUAAAUAAAAAGUUCAUUUUUAAAUUUGUAAAUAUUUGUAGGAAUAUAUUUUAUUGUAAUGGCUCAAUUUAAUUUCUUGAAUGAAAUGACCAGUGCAUUGACACUGGAUGGCGAAAUUACACGAGGACCAGCACCUCGCUGGCAAAAAAAAUUGGAAGCUUCUGCAAUGGCUAACAGCCUUAACGGAAGUAUAAAUGCGUCUCGUUCCGUACUGUCUAUGUCAUAUAAUACUAGUUUUUCUGGUGUAAAUCCACCCUCAAGAACCCCACGGAAAGUUAGUGGAGACACAAAGUGCAAGAAAACACCUACUCCCAGUAAAGGUACAAAGACGCCAAGUGGAGGUGAUCGUUUCAUUCCCAACCGUGGAACUAGCAACUUCGAACUUGGACAUUACUUGAUUAAACAAGAACAGGACAAAUCGGAAAACGAUGACAAUGACAAUAGCAAUAACGCUAACAAAAAGACACCUUCAAAGGUUGAGCGUCAAAAGCUUAUAUCGGACUCAUUGCAAAUUGGUGAUACGAAAAGCACUCGAAUUUUAUGCUAUCAAAAUAAAGCACCUGCGGCACCAGAAUCUCAUCAAAAUCCUUUAAAAGUGGUUUAUUCAAUAAAUACACCUUUAUCGACAAAGAGCGGCUCUCGUUUUAUACCAACCACAUCAGAUCGCAUACUGGAUGCACCUGACAUAAUAAAUGAUUAUUACUUAAAUUUAAUGGAUUGGAGUGCUGACAAUAUUGUGACAGUUGCUUUGGGUAAUGCAGUUUAUUUGUGGAACGCAGUAACGGGCAAUAUAGACCAAUUGGUGGAGUACGAAGAAGGAGAUCAUGCAUGUGCCCUUUCGUGGAUACAAGACGGACAAAUAUUAGCAAUUGGCAACAAUACUGGUGUAGUGGAAUUAUGGGACUGUACGAAAAUUAAACGUUUACGUGUAAUGGAUGGGCACUCGGCUCGUGUGGGCACUUUGGCAUGGAAUUCAUACCUAGUCUCAUCGGGCAGUCGAGAUGGUUCCAUCAUACAUCAUGACGUACGAGCGCGCGAACAUAAAGUAGCUAAUCUCAAUGGACACACACAGGAGGUGUGUGGUCUGAAAUGGUCAACUGAUUUUAAACAUCUUGCUAGUGGUGGCAAUGAUAAUUUGGUUAAUGUAUGGGCAGCAGUAAGUGGUGGUGCUGGUAGUGGUACCGAACCUUUGCAUGUUCUCAACGAACAUCAAGCAGCGGUACGGGCAUUAGCUUGGUGCCCCUGGCAGCCAAACCUCUUAGUUAGUGGUGGUGGUACCGCGGAUCGUUGUAUAAAAUUUUGGAAUGUAAACAAUGGUUCUUUAGUUAAUUCAGUCGAUACUAAAUCACAAGUAUGCGCUCUUCUAUGGUCUCGAAAUUACAAAGAGUUAAUUUCGGCGCAUGGUUUCGCACACAAUCAGCUCACGAUAUGGAAGUAUCCAUCAAUGAUAAAACAAGCAGAGUUAACUGGACAUACUUCGCGAGUUUUGCAAAUGGCAAUGUCACCUGAUGGCAGUACAGUAAUAAGCGCAGGUGCAGAUGAAACAUUGCGUUUGUGGAAUUGUUUUGCACCAGAUCCACAUACCACGAAAAAAGCGAGUAAGGGAGCAAGCAAAGUUAAACAAAGUGUUUUCCGCCAAAGCAUACGAUAAGCUGAAAAAUCGAACACUUAUGACAAAAAAUAGCAGUAAUAUUUUAAAUCGAAUGUUCCGAAUUUCAGUUAAGACAAUUUAUACAUUUGAUAAUAUGUUGACUUUUUUAAUUUUAACGAAAUUAGCCUAAGUAUUUCGAAAUGUAUUGGAAGUGAUGAGUAGUUAUAUUUUAACAAAGUGCUUAUAUACGAGACAUUUUAUAGCUGUUUGUAUUUAAUAUGUAAGUCUGCUGUCUGCUUUUCAUUAUGUAUUUUUUUAGAGUGUUCAUAUGUAUUUCUAUUAAAUUCGAUUUAUAUUUUUAAAUUAAAUUGCAAGUAAGUUUUUAGUAAACUUGACUUGUAUUAUGUCAGAUCAUAUUGCGAUUUGUAUUUUUAGAUUCAUUCACAUUUGUAGUACAAGCUUUUAAAUAAAGGUAAAAAAACAUGAUUAA